UAGUACCCCGAGACUUGUUGCAGUGAUCAACACACUAAUGAAUUCAAUUUAGAGUAUUUAAUGUAAUGAUCGAAAUGGAUAUCUUGAGGGACGAUGUAGCGCAUGACUUGAAAUACAAACCCGGGGGUCGUUUAGAUAUGAGCCAUGGUUUCCUGCACCAUAUUCGGAGGAACCAGAUUGCCAGAGAUGACUAUGAUAAGGAGGUGAAGCAAGCAAAAGAGCUCCAGCGGCGUAGGCACACCACAACUCCCAGACGCCCCCGACGACCAGACAUCCAGGUUUACCAUCCUCGAUGCAGAAAAGAAUUAGAGGCGGGGUUAGGUACCGAGACUGAAGAGUGGAAUGAGAGUGGAUCAAGUACAGAGACAGAGACCCAUGGAACUGAACUAUUCUGGCUGGACUACCAGGCGGACUCUGGCACUAUCACCUCCUACAUUGUCCACAAGGAGGAUAAGCCAGAGAAAGUGGUGGAACGUGUUGCGGAGAAAAAUGUCCUUGACGCAGCCAUGAGGCGAGCACUUGAGGCCCGGAUCCAAAAGGAAAUAGACAAACGACGAGACAAACGUUGAAUGAGCUUCUAGAAAGGAAGGCAGUAGACAGAAGAGCUAGAAGUGAAGUCAAUUUUAUUUGUAUAGCCCAAUAGCACAAAUUACAAACUUGCCUCAGUGGGCUUUACAGCAACACAACAUCAUGUCCUUAGACCCUUGCAGUGGAUAAGGAACAACUCCCUAAAAAAAAGAGACCAGCAAAACAACACAAUAUUUCCUAUUCAGAUAAUAUCAACUUUAUGCUAACAGUAUCAGAGGAUUAAUGAGGAUCCUGCAAUACUGUUCAAUAACACUCAGCUGAGAGUUUAUGUGAUACUGCAUAAUCAAGUUGAUCUGUUUUCUGGUUGGUUGGUUGCUAGAAGUUAAUUCACAUGGCUUAAUUUAUACUGUAUGAAUAAGGGCUGGACUACAACAUACAAUGUCAUUUAACAGACACUUUAAUCCAAAGCGACGUACAUCUGAGAGGUAGGUAGUUAGCUUGUAUAGCAUUAGGAGUCAAAGCCACUGACUCUUACCGGAGACUCGUCCCGGUCUCUGGCGGGAAAGCCGGCGUUCUUACCUACUGAGCUAUCCAACUGCUAUCCUAAUAUUUACUAUGAAAUAUUAAACUGUUACCUCAGGGGCGUCUGGGUGGCGUAGCGGUCUGUUCCAUUGCCUACCAACAUGGGUAUCGCCGGGUUGGAUCCCCGUGUUACCUUAGGCUUGGUCGGGCGUCUCUACAGACACAAUUGGCCGUGUCUGCGGUUGGGAAGCCGGAUGUGGUUGUGUGUCCUGGUCACUGCACUAGCGCCUCCUCUGGUCGGGCGGGGGGGUAAUAGCGUGAGCCUCCCACGCACCACAUCACGCAGGUGACAUUUCCUCAUAGUUAGGUGAAAAGAAGCAGCUGGUGACUCCACAUGUAUCGGAGGAGACAUGUGGUAGUCUGCAGCCCUCCCCGGAUCGGCAGAGGGGGUGGAGCAGUGACUGGGACGGCUCAGAAGAGUAGGGUAAUUGGCUGGAUACAAUUGACCUUUCGCAAAGUCCC